ACCGAAGACCAGAAAAGGGGCACCGAAGUAGUUCACGAAACACCAGACGGUAGUUGCGCAAUUCCACUUGGUGGCGAUCUGAUGGGUGCAGUUUUCGGCGCACCAAUUGAGUUCCGGGACCAAAGCCUUCGGCAACCUAUAAUACCCUUUCGAAGACCUGGUCAGGAUGCGUCCGGACAUUUGAAGGACCCUGACGACCUAGCGGACCUGAUCCUUCGCUACGUUGAGCUUCUGCCCCGGAGACUCAAUGAGGGCAUCGACGUCUGGAGGUCGUCGCUAUUACCAUUGGCAAAAAACGGUUGUAUCCCUGAUACAACGGUGAACCUUGACCUGAAGUAUCGAGAGGAUGCAACGUGCCUGCGCUUUACAGCUUUUCGCCACUCCGGUAACCUCGUUACGGUUCAAGGCUUAAUCGGCGACAACUUCAGUGCCCUCGACCACUUCUUCCUUCAUUUACACAGGGUCUGGGAGGCUAACGCCUCCCAGAGCUCCCCAGAGGAGGUGGUCCGCCUAUUUAGUCUCCUGUCUCGUACGGUGUGUGGGCAAACGGAGGAGGAAAAUACAUUAUAA